AUGCCGAUGCUGGGAGCUGGACCCAGCCCCACAGGGCAGGAGGUGCCACUGCAGUUGGUACGAGUGCAGGGGUAUCUGCACCAAUUUCAGCCGUUCCUGUUUGUGAACAUUAAUGAUACAGCAAAGAUCCAGUGCUCUUCCAAAAAACAAUUUGUAGCAGGAGGUCUGACAGCUCAGUGGUACAGGAGACGGGAAGGUGAGGCCCCCAUGUUAAUUAAGAGAUGCUCAGAUCAUCAAAACGUAAAUAAAGUUGCUUGCAUAUCGGAAGGAGACAACUUGACACUGGCAAUCUACAAUGCCCAGCGGAGUGACUCGGGGGUUUAUUACUGUACCGAUUCGUACAUCAUCUUCUUGACUUUUGGCAACGGAUCCACCCUGAUUGUUGGAGACAGUUACACCACCAGCAGUUGGGUGCUGCCUCUGGCUCCAUCUCCCCACGGCCUCCUCUCCUCCGGGACAGCUGAUCUGGCUUGUGUGGUCCAUGGAGUUUCCAACCCAGUCCAAAUUUCCUGGAGUAUUUCUGGGGAUCUGCAGGAACAGGGGCUGAUGCAUUCGCUGAAAGUUAAGAAUGGCUCCUUGGUGUUCAUAAAUCACAUCAGCGUCCCCGUGGCCACCUGGACCAGUGGGAAGAAUUUCACCUGUGAUGUUAAAUUCAACUCUUCUGGCACCAGUGUUAAGAAAAUUGCCAGGUAUGUUGAAGCUUCCUCCACAGCCCAUCCCAGCGGGUGUGUGCCGCAGACGGCGCGCUAUGCAGUGGCCAUUUUCCUGGUGGUGUUGAUGGUGUCCCUGAGCCUGGCCUGGAGUCACUGCUGUUCUAAUCCAGGGUCAAACCGCUUAUGCCCAACUGGAGUUUGAUUCAAGGAAUCACAACCAGAGCAGGGAGCAGCGACCAGUGAAAGGGAAAAG